GUUGAUUCACCUGAACCUCCAGAACAAUGGCUUUCAAGUUUGUAGUUCUCUCUGCCCUCGUGGCUGUUGCCAAUGCCGGAGCCAUUGGAGCUCCUUUGAGUUAUGCUGCUCCAGCUCAAUUGGCAUACGCAUCUGCACCAGUUGCAUACGCUCAACCAAUUGCGAAAGCAAUUGUGGCAAAAACCGUUGACACCGAAUUCGACCCUCAUCCUCAAUACAGCUACGCCUAUGAUGUCCAGGAUGGUCUUACCGGAGACUCCAAAGGCCAGCACGAAACCCGCGACGGAGACCUAGUCCAUGGCAGCUACAACCUUCUCGAAGCUGACGGUACCCGAAGAAUUGUCGACUACACCGCCGAUCCAGUCAAUGGCUUCAACGCAGUCGUUCGCAAGGAACCAGCUGCCGUAGCUGUCAAGGCGGUCGCUGCUGCCCCAGUUGUUAAGGCCGUCGCUCACGCACCAGUUGCGUAUGCCGCCCCUCAAUAUGCUCAAUAUGCCGCCCCAGCCGUCUAUGCUGCCCCUCAAUAUGCCGCCCCAGUUGCCGCCGUCAAGACCUUCGCUCCAGCUCCAGUUGCAUACGCCGCCCCAGCACACUACGGAUACGCUCAUGCCAAAAUCGCCGCCCCUCUCUCCUACUCUGCCCCCGCAUUGAGUUACGCCGCUCCAGCUCAAUUGGCCUACGCCUCUGCUCCAGUUGCCUACGCUCAACCAAUUGCGAAAGCAAUUGUAGCAAAGUCAAUCGACGCUGACUUCGACCCUCAUCCUCAAUAUAGCUACGCCUAUGAUGUCCAGGAUUCCAUAACCGGAGAUUUCAAAAAUCAACACGAAACGCGUGAUGGAGACUUGGUGCGAGGCAGCUACUCCCUUCUCGAGGCUGACGGUUCAAAACGCACCGUAGACUACACCGCCGACAGUAUAAAUGGUUUCAACGCAGUUGUCCACAAGGAACCAGCAGGCGUAGCUCUCAAGGCCGUCGCUCACGCUCCAAUUGUUGCCGCUCCACAGCCUGCUAUUCAAUACGCUCAACCAGCUGUAGCUCUCAAGGCCGUCGCUCAUGCUCCAGCUGUUCAAUACGCUCAACCAAUUGCGGCUGCACCUGCCAAAAUUGCAUAUGCGCAGCCUCAGUUGAGCUACGCCCAAGCCGCCCAGUACAGUUAUGCGCAGCCUGCUAAGUACAGUUUCACGCAGCCUGCGCAGUACAGCUUUGCGCAACCAAUCGCCUCUGCGCAUGCGCUCUCUCAUGCGCAUGAACAAGUCACUUAUGCGCAACCUGUCGCAAAAUAUGCACCAGCCUUGAGCUAUGGAACACCCAUUGCCAAAUUUUCAGGUCCCAUUUCUUAUCACGUGACUUACUCUACUCCUUAUUUCUCAUACUCGCAUUAAUAAGACUGAUUUUUUUAAAUUUAUGUCGUUUGAGAGAAGGAGCAGUAUGCGGAAGAAUUUUUUUCUAGCAUUGUCAUGAUAAGGAUCAUUCACAUUUUCAUUUAUUUCAAUUUUUUUUAAUUUUGCGAAAGAAAAAACUUUCGAAAAUCACCCCAGAUUGACAAUAAUUUCAUUUUAAAUAUGCCAUUAUCAUACUAAAUGUAAAUUUUAUUUUUUAAUUUGUCAUUCCGCGUUUUUGGAAGUACUACAUCAUUAAAAUGUAGAUUUGGAUGGACGAUUGGAAAACUUCAAUGGACUGCGGAACUCGUUUUUCGGAAGAGAUUCCCCAAGAUGUUUUUUACUUUCAAUUUAACGACUGCCGCGGAACAGAAGCUUAACGGUGAAGGUCAAACAAGUUUCGCUUUCAUAUCAAUGUCGUCGAAAUCUGGGUCAGAGAAAGGAGUACGCGCUCUUCUUCCGAGUUCAAAAUGUAUAAGAACUGAUAGUCAUAGAUGAUAAUGUUAGUCUAAUUCAAAUUUUUAUUGAUAUUUUACUUUUUUUAUAAAAUGUAAAUUAUGUAUUCAUAUA